AUGCCCAUUUAUGCAACAGCUCCGAAUCGGACUGAGUUCAUGCUCAAUCUGCAGCAGCUGAUGAUCAAAUACAACGGAACAUUACCCGGUUCCGACAUCCCAAACUCUGUAGUUGGUGAUGGAGCCUUUUGGACCCUUGUCAUCGGAAUGCUUGCGAUGGGAUUGGCAACAGACCCGCAUCAAAUGUUCAAAUAUAUCAAGAAGCCAGUAGGGCCCCUUGUCGGAAUGCUCUGUCAAUUUGUAAUAAUGCCAUGUCUUGCGAUGAUUUUUCUUUCCGCAGCGAAGAUUGGCACCUAUGAAGCACUGGUCAUCAUGCUUUACGGUUGUGCUCCUGGCGGCGGAAUCAGUAAUAUCAUCAUCUACUACAUGGGCGGCGACUUGGAUCUUUCCAUCACUAUGACAAUGCUCUCCUGUGUCCUCGCUCUUGGACUGACUCCAGCUUGGCUCCAAGUUGUCCCCGUCAUGGUUGAUUCCGAAGAUGCCAUCAAAAUUCCCUUCGCAGAAAUUGGAACUACUCUAGCCGCAGUUAUUGUACCUGCGCUCAUCGGCUCAUUUAUCAACUGGCUUGGAAAGCGCUACAAGUUCUCAAAAGCAGUUAGAAUUUCAAAUAUCCUCCUUGCAGCUGGAACUACUCUUACUCUCAUCGCUAUUCUCAUCAUUGGAAUUUACAAAUACUACUUGACCGCGAUUAUAACCGUCUCCCAGCUAGUCUACGCAGCUCUCCUUCCAUACGUUGGUUUCGCAGUUGCUGCCACCAUGAGUUUCAGUGUUGUCUGGUUGAUAAGAAAAUGUGGAAAAAAUUUCAAAAUCGAAGCUCUCCAGCAUCUCACGAUUGGUGUUGAAACCGCCGUACAAAAUGGACGGAUGGUCAAUGCGAUCACUUUGGUUCUCUAUUCCGGUAUUAUCUGA